CCAAAUGUAUCAUGCUAUACACAUUAUGCACUUGAAACUCAUUGCCAUAUAAAACCUUCCCCUGCUCCACAAAGUAUUCCAUCAGUUGCUUAGCAUACGGUCUAUGAAGCAAAGCUAACCUAGGGCAUAUAAGUAUGGAACUAGCAACGCUAAGGCAUAAGAAGUGAUCAUAUAGAUCAAGCCUGUAGUAUACCACUGAGAACUAUCUGACCAGUUACACAAGAAAUUGCCUAUACUGCCUAUACUCAGUUGCCUUCCACCUAUCGAUUUCUGCCAUGCCUCUUGGUUUACGUGCAAAGAAACUUGGAACAAAUGGUUUCAGACCAGUUAAUCUAUUACUGAUCUCCUCGACCUGACCAGCUGACAAUUUGACUUCCCGGCUACCUCUAAUCCAAGUCAAAAUCAACUUUCUUGUCACUCCCAAACACAGCUGGUGCAUAUAGUCGAUAGGAAACUUUUUAAUCAUAUCGAUUGGUAAAGUACAAAAAGGACUCUCACUUAAAUGAUGUCCCUCAUUAACCUGCUCCGGAAAGGAAUAAUCAGAUCGCAAGUCAAUAUCCUUAAUCAAAGGGUAAACUACUCUACCAACCCACGUGCCUUUUUGCGCACACUUCGCAAUCAAAAUACCCGGAGCAUAAUUUUGUACCUUUGACAAGUGCUCUUGCAGGAGCAUCACACACAACACACCUGAAGCCGAUGGUUUGUAUUUUAUAGCAACGUAUUGUGCCCGACUUGGUUUCAUAUAAACAUUAUAACCACAAACUGUAAUAAACAAAUGUAGAGACUUAUGUCAGCCUUACACAGGAAUGCAUGUUUCACUUUAACACUCUAAGCUGCUAUGAAACCUCAUGUGCCCUAACUUGCCUUUCUACUCUUGUCAAUGCCAAAAGGUUCUCAUCAAGGGAACAAUCUUAAGUGUUAUUUAAUCAGCUAAUAUGUAGUUAUAAUGCUAUACGGAAUACUUGAUGCAUUAUUGCAUUGGUAUAAUUGCAUGUUUAUAAUGAUAUACAGUACUGUAGGAAGAUCUUUAUGGUUGGGGGGCUGAAAGCGAGGGCCAUGAAAUCCCUCAUGUGCCCUACUUUGCCUUUCUAUACUCUUGUCAAUGCCAAAAGGUUCUCAUCAAGGGAACAAUGUUAAGCGUUAAUCAGUUAAUAUGUAGCUAUAGCGCUAUAAGGAAUACUUGAUGCAUCAUUGCAUUCGUAUAAUUGCAUGUUUAUAAUGAUAUACAGUGCCAGAGGAAGAUCUUUAUGGUUGGGGAGCUGAAAGCGAGGCCCAAAAGCCAGAGGAAAUUUUUCAAUUAGUAGUACUAAAUGAGCGAAGGCAUAUUUAAUUAACUAUAUAUUGGAUAAGUUCUAACAAAGUAUGGGUAAUAUCUUCAUACUUUUUGUCAUGGAUAAUGUAGCCGCUUAAAAUUAAUAAAUUGUUAGUACUAUAAUGGCAUAUUAUUUAAAUUGUAAAGGUCUGCAUGAUUUUGAAAAAAAGAAUGAUUAUAAGCAAAUUAUGGGGGGGGGGCGGAGCCCGGUUGCUAUGGCCCUAAAUAUAGAAUUGUAUCCAAAGGUUGCUACUAGUAGUUCCUUGGGUAAAUGUGGUGUCAACUGUGUAGUUUAAUGAAUCAUGGGAAAUUUAAUAAUAAUCUUGGGCAUAUUUUCAUAAAAGUUGUACAUUCCCCUUCUCUGAGGUAAUUUGAACCCAAAAAAUAUUCAAAGUAACAAGCUACCACUUUUUCAAGGUGUUUACAUUAUCAAGUAUUUUAAAAGCACAUUAUAAACUGUGAAUAAACCAUGUGGCGGCGGUCCAGUACACAACAGUAAAAAUGGUACACAAACUGGUGCACAAACUGGUGCACAAAUGAGUAAAACUAUCUAUUGUGCAGAACGUUAUGCUAUUUACUGUCUAAAUUAUGUGUAUUUUACUAUUUUUUGUGUGUGUUGGUGUUAUGUACUCAGGUGAAUGUGAUGUUUGUGAUGUUACUCUGAGUGUGCAUCCACACUGGGCAAGCUGAAAAGUUAGCUUGGCCACAGUGGGAAUAGAACCCGCGACCUUUGGGAUACUAGUCCAAUGCUCUACCAACUGAGCUACAUGGUCAAGUCCGUUUGAGUUGAUGAUAUUUUGGUCUAGUUCCUUCGAUAUCAGUGUAUUCUACGAUAUGAUUAUGUAGUUCAAAUGUUUUGACUAAUCUAUAACUCAGAUAUGGCAUUUCCAGGGUUCCAUUUUCAAAAUAUUCCCAUUGGAGCAUGCCCCCUACUAUUUACUUUGUCUAAUGCUGGGCGAUUUUACUUGUCAGUGGUUGAGUACUACUAGUUAAUGGGUUAACAAACCUAUCUGCCAACAUCUCUUAUUAACCCAAUGAUUGGCAAUGCACCCUACUUUAGUAUUUACUAUGUGAAACCCCAGAUGAUUUUACUCGACAGUGGUAGAAUACUACCAGUGAAAGAGUUAACGAACCUAUUUUCUAACGUCUAUUAUUAUUAACCCAUUAACUGGCAAUGUGCCUAAAUGCACCCCACUUUGUGUAUUUACUGUUGUAAAUAGCACUCAACAGUUUAGAAACGUUUUAACGUUUUAAUUGAUAACAUUAUAUUCGGUUAGCUGUGUUCUUAUUAAUAACCGCGUUGUUUAUCGCGGGCUCAGGUUUUGUACGUUCAUGUUACGUUCACGUUUGUGUGCUCGAGGUGUAAAUAUAGUUUAUAUUGUUUUCCGAAGAUUUAUAUUAAAAUUAUAAACUAAAUUGAACAGUUUAUGGGCCCAGACACUCUCUGAACUGCAUGUUAUUAAUCAAAGAAACUUCUGCUGGAUUUAAACAUUCAAAAUGGCUCAAGAAGACAAGUUAUUUAUCGACCAACUAGAGGGAGUUAAAAAUUGGCAAGUAUGGAAAUAUCAAAUGCAGGUUAUAUUGGAAGCUAGAGAGUUGUGGAGUGACGUUGAUGAAACGGCAACCAGCCCGGCUUUAUCAGAAAGCAGUUCAUCAAGUUCAUCGGCUCAAACAGCUUUCGAAAGGGCUCAGAAGAAGACCAAAGCUCUACUUGUUACGAGUAUAAAUUCGGAUCUUGUACAUCUCAUUACUGAAUGCCAAACGCCAAAGCAAAUUUGGGACAAACUGAAGGAACGUUUUGAAAGAAACACGUAGCAAACAAAGUGUUUUUGAAGCAGAAAUUCUUUUCUUUAAAAAUGAAAGAUUGUGAUUCCCUCGAUGAUCAUCUACGCCGCAUGAAAGAAAUUACUGACCAACUGGCAGCCAUCAAGGCGCCUAUUCCUAAAGAUGAACAUAUCGUAGCCCUGUUACUCAGCCUUCCACGAUCAUAUAAUACUAUAACAACUGCAUUGACUGCAAAACGAGACGAGCUUAGCCUAACUCAAGUGCAUCAAGCACUCAUGAGUGAAGAAGAAAAACGUGGCCUAUACAAGUGCAAAGAUGGUGGUGGUCGAGUCGACAAGGGUGAAACUGCCUUACAGCAUGUAAAGACAAGUCGAAAGCCUAUCAAGUGCUUUGGAUGCGGCGAAGAGAAUCGUGUGAUCAGAAAUUGUCCGAAAAGAAAGAAAGGGCAGCAUGAAAACAGAAAUAAACCGGGAAAUUCAUACAAACAUAAAGCAACUCCAGCAGAUGCUGAUGGGAAAAGGAACGAGGAUUCUGGGGGUAAUGUAUUCGUAGUAGGAUUGAUUUCAGCUAAAGGGAAUAAUUGUUGGAUAAUCGACUCCGGUGCUUCGCAGCACAUGACUGUUAAUCGUGACUUAUUGGUAAAUUAUUGUAAAUUCCCUGAACCAGAACCUGUUGCUAUUGGUGAUGGUCGUUCUGUUUAUGCGUACGGAUAUGGACAAGUAGACAUCACUAUGAUACUUGGAAAUAAAGAGAAAGACCAACGGAAAUCAAUUCUAACAAAGGUACUCUAUGUUCCAAAAUUAGCUACAAAUAUUUUUAGUGCACAUGCAGCAGCAUCUAAAGGCAAGGUGGUGCAAUUUGGCCACACCUUCUGUUGGAUUAAGGAUUCGAAGGGACAAGUUGUGGCACGUGGUCAACUUGUUGGGAACAUGUACCGUCUUGAUUGCAAAGUUGACAAACAUGGAAACCGAGCAUCAAUUGCUAAUCAAACUGGUGCCAAACUGGAUCUAUGGCACCAAAUAAUGGUGCAUUUAACUACCGGUCAAAUGAAAAUCGUGGCUUCAAACUUAUUACAGGUACGGACAUACCCGGAACUGGCAAGUUAAGUUUUUGCGAGGCCUGUGCUGAAGGAAAGGCUCACCGAGCGCCAUUUAAGCCAGUGGGAGAAAUUAAGUCAACGAGAAGGUUAGAGUUGGUCCAUAGUGAUGUUGCCGGACCGAUGAAGACUGAAAGCUGUGGAGGUGCAAAGUACUUCGUCACCUUCAUCGAUGAUUACUCCAGAUGUGUCACUGUUUACCCAAUGAAGUAUAAGUGUGAAGUGUUGGAAAAAUUCAAGGAGUGGGAGGCAGCCGUGACAAACCAGGCAGAAUGCAAGAUUAAGACACUUCGGACAGACAAUGGUGGCAAAUACACAUCCACCGAUUUCCAAGAUUUUCUAAAGGAGAAAGAAUUCGCCAUGAGACUACAGUGCCACAUUCACCCCAGCAGAAUGGGGUAGCUGAGCGCAUGAACCGAACACUUCAAGAAGCAGCUCUCUCUAUGAUUCUGCAUGCUGGACUGUCCAAAGCUUUCUGGGCAGAAGCAGUUUCCAAUGCGGCCUAUGUAAGAAACCGAGUCAUCACGACUGCGACCGCGGUAACCCCUGACGAAAGAUGGUAUGGAAAGAAGCCGGACGCUCAGGACGAGAGACGAAAGACGCUCAGGACGAGAGAGAAAUCCACCAAGGUACUACCACGACGAUUAUGCUACAAUCACUACAGCGAAAUAUGCAGCACUUUAUGUAGCUGAAAUCAAAGAGCCAGAAACGUUAAAGGACGCUCUUGGCAGUGAAUAUGCAACACAGUGGAAAGCAGCUGCAGAUGCUGAGUACCAGUCUUUGUUAGAGAAUGAGACUUGGGAGUUAGUUGAACUGCCAGCUGGACGUAAGCCUAUCAGUUGCAAGUGGGUUUUCAAAGUCAAGCACGAAGGAAAUAUAUAUGCAACAGCCCGAUCGCUAUGUAGAACCAGGAAAAGAAUGGCUAGUGAGUCGCCUCAAGCAAUCGCUUUAUGGCCUGAAGCAAAGCCCGCGCUGUUGGAAUAACGUAUUCAAAGAAUUUAUGUUAUCACUGGGAUUUGGUCAAAAACUUUAUUUAAACAGGGUGGCCCUUUCAGCACGAAGGCUGGUAUCCAUAGGGGCCCUGUGUCUAGAUAUAAGCUAUUUAUAGGAAUUACAUUUUAUGUGUAUUCAUUCGUGUCCUCAAGGAUAAGUUGACGAUUGUUACUGUUCAUGUUGAUGACCUGAUACUUUUAACGGAUACUGAAGAAGAGAUGUUCGAUCUCAAGACCAGUCUGGCAAACCACUUCAAGAUGAAGGAUAUGGGUGUACUCCACUACUGUCUAGGAGUUAGUGUUACUAUAAAGGACGGUGUAUUGCAAAUCAGUCAAGACAUUACAUCGGUAAGAUUAUGCGAAAGUACAAAUUACAACAGUGCAAAACGGUGUCAACGCCAAUGGAUCUUAACGUAAAACUAGUUAAGGACGAUGGAUAUAGCAAACCAGUGGAUGUCGUUCAGUACCAGUCAAUGGUAGGGAGUUUGAUAUACUUGGCGAUAGCUACUCGUCCAGACAUAGCCUACGCAGUGGCAGCAUUGGCUAAAUUCAACUCAUCACCGACCGAGGCACAUCUAACAGCGGUCAAGCGCGUUUUUCGGUAUUUGAAAGGAACUGCUCAGCUACGCCUGCAGUACCAAGAAACCGAUGCUAAUGUAGAGGGAUACUCUGACACAGAUUGGGCUUCUGACUCAGAUGAUCGACGAUCAACGUCCGGAAACGUAUUUGUGAUGUCAGGUGUGCAAUCAGUUGGACAAGCAAGAAACAACCAACAGUGGCUCUUUCAACGUCGGAAUCAGAAUACAUUGCACUAUAUUUUGCAACCCAAGAACAGUAUGGCUACGAUAACUGAUGAAAGAUCUACAGAUGGAUUGUACCACAGCGACGACCAUAUAUGAAGAUAAUCAAGGUGCUAUCGCGCUGUCAAGGAACCCAGUGCUACACAAGCGGACGAAGCACAUUGAUAUCAAAUGUUAUUUCGUUCGGGAGAAAACUCAAGAUGGGACAGUUGAGCUGAAGUACUGUCCAACGAAUGAAAUGGUAGCGGAUAUCUUGACAAAGCCACUAUCCAAAGGACAAUUUGGGUAUCUGCGAUGUAAGUUGGGAGUGAUACAAGGACAUGUUGAGUGA